AUGUUGCAAGUCAUUGAUCAAUUGCUGGACUCGCCAAUUGUGCGGGCCGCUUUGUACGCGUCCCUUUUGUUUGGGGCGGUGAAGCUCACCACGUUCCUGCUUUCCUUAUUGGCAUUGGUGUUUGACUUGUUUAUCUUGCCUGCUACCGACUUCAACAAGUAUGGUGCCAAGAAGGGUCUGUGGGCGGUGGUCACGGGUGCUCUGGAUGGCAUUGGUAAGGAAUACGCCACGCAAUUGGCGGCGAAAGGCUUCAACAUUGUGCUUGCUUCGCGGACGUUGUCUAAACUUGAAUUGCUCGCCACUGAAAUUGAACUGAAGCACAAGGUCAGCAUCAAGGUCUUGGCAUUUGACGUGUCCACCGAUGCUGAAGACAAUUACUUGAGACUCGCCGAAACCAUCAAGGACCUUGAUGUCACCAUCUUGAUCAACAACGUUGGUCAAUCGCACUCGAUCCCGGUACCGUUUUUGGAAACUGGGGAGAAGGAAAUGACAGACAUCAUCACCAUCAAUAAUACCGCCACCCUCAAGAUCACGCAAAUUGUCGCUCCUCAAAUUCUUAAAACUGUGGAAAAGAGCCACAAGAAGGUGAGAGGGUUGAUUUUAACCAUGGGAUCGUUCGGUGGGUUAUUGCCCACCCCUUACUUGGCGGUGUACUCUGGUUCUAAGGCCUUCCUUCAGGCUUGGCUGGCGGCUUUGGCAGGCGAAUUGGCGCCCAAGGGUAUCGAUGUGGAAUUGGUGAUUUCGUACUUGGUGACUUCGGCGAUGUCGAAGAUCCGCAGAACUUCGGCCACUAUUCCUAACCCUAAGCAAUUUGUCAGACUGGUGUUACGUGGUGUGGGGCGUAGAAACGGUGCUCAAGAACGUUAUGCUACCCUGACUCCCUACUGGUCUCACGCAAUUAUGCACUUCGCGAUUGAAAACACGGUGGGGGUGUACUCGAAGUUCGCUAACAAAAUGAACUUUGACAUGCACAAGUCUAUCCGUACCAGAGCGUUGAAAAAGGCCGAAAGACAAAAGCAUCAACAAAAGCAGCAGUGA